CAUUACUGACAGAGGAGGAGGUGAGGACAGAGGGAGGAAGGCUUUCCAUCUGUUCACACGCCUCAUCCAUUUCGGGGUGAUUUAACGCCCCGACGACCUGGCUCGGAGACUCAGUCCCUCGCUCUCGGUCUGCCAGUGAGCGUCGGACCCCCCGAGGCGUUACUUGUCCAUCGGUCGGGUCGUUAGCCUGCUCCUCUGGCUACAUGCCCGGCUAGCACAAUAAAGCUAAUUUUCAGCUUCUGGAUUCAGCUUCACCACCACCGGCGAAGUGGGGAGCCGAUGAGGGGAAUGGCAAGAGUUUACUCGGGUAACCCCUUCGGAGGAAACAGCGACUAACCAGACAAAACCAGCCCAGAUUUAUUUUCAUUUUCGAAUCCCCGGUCGUUGGAGUCACUGCAACCCCCACCAUGGUGCAGAAGUACCAGUCACCUGUGCGGGUGUACAAGCAUCCCUUUGAGCUGGUCAUGGCGGCCUACGAGCGCCGGUUCCCCACCUGUCACCUGAUCCCCAUGUUUGUGGCGAGUGACGUGGUGGAAGAGGAGACCAAUGAGGAUGGUUCCACCAACAGGGUUAAGCGCCGCUGUGCCCUGGAUGUUGACGCCCCGCGCCUGCUCAAAAGGAUUGCAGGUGUGGACUAUGUCUACUUCAUACAGAAAAACACGCUGGACCGAAAGGAGAGGACACUUCACAUCGAGUCCCACAACGAGACCUUCUCCAACAGGGUCAUCAUCAGUGAGACCUGCUGCUAUUCGGCUCACCCUGAGAAUGACGACUGGACGUGCUUCGAACAAAACGCCAGCCUGGACAUCAAGUCCUUCUUCGGCUUUGAGAGCACUGUGGAAAAGAUUGCUAUGAAGCAGUAUGCCAGCAGUAUCAAAAAGGGAAAAGAAAUCAUCGAGUUUUACCUGAAGGAGCUAGAAGAUGAAGGGAUCAGCCAUGUGCCGCGCUGGACCCCUUCGCUCCUUCCGGUGUCUCCCCCCACACCGACAAGCCUCCUCAGCAGCCCGACUGACCCCCCCAAACUGGCAGUCGUGCCCGCCGUGUCCAUCGCCCUGGCAACUGACGCCACAGACAUCACCUGCCAGGACGUCCAGCAGGACGGCAGCACACUUCAGGCAGACAGCCUAUCUGAGAUUUUGCCGGGUACUUCUGAAGAUAAGUUGGAUGCAGACUACAUCAAACGUUACCUAGGCGACCUGACCCCCCUGCAGGAGAGCUGUCUGAUCCGACUUCGGAAGUGGCUGCAGGAGACUCACAAGGGCAAAAUCCCUAAGGACCAGCACAUUCUGCGUUUCUUGCAAGCCAGAGACUUCAACAUGGACAGGGCACGGGAGAUCCUCUGCCAGUCGCUGACCUGGAGGAAGCAGCACCAGGUGGACUACCUGCUGGAGACCUGGAGCUCACCACAGGUCCUCCAGGACUACUACACCGGCGGCUGGCACCACCAUGACAGAGAUGGUCGUCCUUUGUACGUCCUGCGGUUGGGCCAGAUGGACACCAAAGGACUGGUCCGCGCUCUGGGAGAAGAGUCACUGCUCAGACAUGUGCUGUCUAUUAAUGAGGAGGGUCUGAGACGCUGUGAGGAAAACACCAAGGUGUUUGGUCGACCUAUCAGCUGUUGGACGUGUCUUGUGGAUCUGGAGGGGCUGAACAUGCGUCACCUGUGGCGCCCAGGGGUCAAGGCGCUGCUGAGGAUCAUCGAGGUCGUGGAGGCCAACUACCCGGAGACUCUGGGACGGCUGCUCAUCCUGAGAGCACCCAGGGUUUUCCCUGUCCUCUGGACCCUGGUGAGUCCAUUCAUUGAUGAGAACACCCGCAAGAAGUUCCUCAUAUAUGCGGGCAAUGACUACCAGGGCCCUGGAGGGCUCCUGGACUACAUAGACAAGGAGAUCAUCCCUGACUUUCUGGCUGGGGAGUGUAUGUGCGAGGUACCAGAGGGCGGCCUGGUCCCCAAGUCCAUGUACCGCACAGCCGAGGAGCUCGACAACGAAGGUGUCCGCCUGUGGACCGAGACCAUCUACCAAAGCGCCAGCGUCUUCAAGGGAGCGCCGCACGAGCUUCUGAUUGAGAUCAUCGACGCCUCCUCAGUCAUCACCUGGGACUUUGACAUGUGCAAAGGCGACGUGGUGUUCAACAUUUUCCACUCCAAGCGCACCCCGCAGCCUCCACGCAAAGAUCCCCUGACCCCCCACGGCAUCGCCUCCCCAGUUGGCAACAAUGUCCAGCUCAUCGAUAAGUCCUGGACGCUGGGGCAAGAUUACAGCAUGGUGGAGUCCCCGCUCACAUGCAAGGAGGGAGAGAGCGUGCAGGGCUCCCACAUCACCCGGUGGCCAGGUUUCUACAUCCUCCAGUGGAAGUUCCACAACAUGCCGGCCUGCUCGGCCACCAACCUGCCCCGCGUGGACGACGUGCUGGCCACCUUGCAGGUGUCUUCGCACAAGUGCAAGGUCAUGUUCUACACCGAGGUGUUGGGCUCCGAGGACUUCAGAAUGGCUUGCUGGGAUGUGCAGAGUUUGGGCUCCAUGACCAGCCUGGAGUCGAGCCACAGCGGCUUCUCUCAGCUCAGCGCCGCCACCACCGCCUCCAGCCAGUCUCAGUCCAGCUCCAUGAUCUCCAGGUAGAAGCCGGAGGCUGAGGACUUCAACCUCUCUCCCAGACCCCCCCCCCCCCCCCCCCCCCCACACACACACACACACACACACACUUCCCUUACCAUUGACACCAAAGCCAUUUCUCCUCCUGCCCUUCCGAGUCGAUGCUCCGCUCCGUUCCUAUUGCACAGCAAGUCUAUUGAACUGCAGCAUGCUCGCACCAACGGAAGACAAAGAAUAAAAAAUCUGAGGCAAAAAGAGGAAGACAAAGAAAAAGACUGUAUACAAUUUAAAGGGCUGAUUCUUUUGCACAAAGAUGAUAUAUUUCCUGUGCCUGGUGACAAAGCUGGGCGGCAGUUUGAAUCCGAACAUCACCAGAAUGUUUGUUUGUGGUGGAAGUUUAAAGGUCGGGAGACGAGUUGCGGUGCCUUUGUGGCACGUGAAGCUAAAUUAAGCAAUAUUUUCAUCCUUGGCGGUAUGUUACCGGAUGAAAACCAUGGAGGCGCUGUUACACUUUUGCAUUUACAUCUACACGCACAUAUGCAGACACACACAAAUACACAUGGAUGUUUGACUACAUGCAAAAAUGUACAUUGCCAUAUCACCAGAGGGGUUUCUUGUUUCUGGGGAAUUAUUCAUAGGUCAAGUGUGGGUGGCGAGAGCUCUGAACUGGACCUGGGUCAAAGCUCACACGCAAUGUUUCUUUUUUGUGUGUGGGUGAGGCUUACUGAAUAACAACAAUGCACACGUUAUCAUUAAAGUUACCAGUUGACGGGAAAAUAACAUUUUAAUAAGAUUUUAGUUGUUCAUUCCAUUGGCUUUUGUGGCAAAUCCCCACCGGCCCGUUUUUAUCGCACCUUGAGAAGCGUUUGAAUAUUUGACCUGGGUCUGACUCUUAGCUAAGUCAAUCCUAAGCAAUAACACAAGUUUGACUUUCUACUUUGUGAAAUACUUCUAUUUACCAUUAACCAGUACGUGGAUGAUCAUGGGUGCUGAUUGCAGAUGAGUUUGUUUUUUUUGAAAGUUGUGUCCAGGCAGACGGACGGGCAAACUAGAGCCUGUAAACAAACACAAAGUUCUCUAGUGAUACCAUUGUGUCGGGAGAGCAGCAUAAAUAACUCCACCAGCUCCUGGAUACUUCCUUCUGUUUUCUUCUCGUGGAAUGACCACCGUUGGUUUGCUAUCCGCACGAUUGAGGAACUCCGGUCAAAAUCAAAUGGUAGAGGGGAUGCCUUGUUACUGAUUUGUGAAUGUGCUAAUGACUGGCUAGCGCUCGCCAACCAAUGAGAUGCCUGAGUUUGGAGGGUUGCGACGUAAUUGGGCAGAGACGCCAUUGUUUACUGCUUCUGUCUUAGAGUGGUGUAGAUUUUAGUGUGCUUUAAGGAUGGAUGUUACUUGGUGGUGUGGACAACCUAUUGAUACUGUACUAGUUGAUUGGAGUUUGUUGAGUUAUUUUGGAGAUGAGUCAUUGAAGGCGUUUAGCAGUGUGGUGUGUUGCUGCAUGCACAUGUGGUUAUUGGGUUGAAAUAAUAUAUUAUUUAAAGAUUAAAAUAUAGUUGCGUGUCAAAUACCAUUUUAGCCUUUGUAAACUUAGAAACGUACCUGUUUUUUUUUUUCUUCAAGGUCAUAACUGUAAUGGAUGAUUAAUUAUGAAUUGAAUGAACAUUUCUAAAUGCAACACAUCCAGGCAGCAGCUUUUAAUACUAUUUAUUUGGCUGAUUGAUGACUUAUCGUAGAUCUGACUCCCUGUCGAGGGCAGAAAUGAUUGCCUUUGCCAAGAGUCAUUCACAUGCUGUUGCCAUGGUUACGGGUGAUGCUGACAGAGGGACGAAUCAGACUCCUGAAAUUACUGGAUCAGUUUGUUGUUUUUAAUACAUGAAACUGCUCUUUUUUAAAUGUAAAUGAAAGGUCAAGGGUUAACUUGUGCUAACUGUAUGUCAUUAACUGCAAUAACAUGAAAUGCUUUACUGAACAAAAGGACCUCCUUAGAAUGUGGGCUAUUUAAAGUGUGUAUGAUGACUCCCUGUGCCCCUCACGGCAGGCGGCCUCUUGUUGCAUGUAAGAAAAUCACACAACUUUCCUUCACUUGCUUACUGCUACAGGAUUGAUCAGCAGUAAUAGAUGGACUGACGAUGAAACAAUCAACAGUCAGUUUAAAACUAAUUUAACUUGCUCGUCGCUCUGACGACUCUGACACUUUGUACACUCCAGUCUUUUCAACACUUCAUUGUGUGUAUCUUAGAAAGCAGAGUGGACCCUGAUUGAAGGCAUAGGUCUAAAAGGACUCUGAUCAGAUGUGUUUUGUUUAAAUGUACCAGCGGUCACGAUGUGUCUCUGACUUUAGCGCUUACGAUAUGUAAACCUUUCAUCAAGAGCUCAUUGACCAGUGAGGGCUAUAUCUGUUUGUCUUUUCUGUUCAAAACUUUAAAUGUCUGUCUCUCUGCUCCCUUCUGAUGUUGCAUAUCUUCUCUUUAACUUGAUGUAAGGAAUAAUGUGUAGAGUUCAUAUUUGGAUUAUUGAGAAUUUGGCACUUUUACUGUUUUUGAAAACAAUAAACUUGAAUAAUGAGGAAAAUGUUUGAUUUCAUCACACUCAUUUUCAAUUACACUUUCUGUCUGUACUGUUUAUCCUAAACUCACCAAGAGUUGGCAUUGGAGCUGCUUUGUUUUUUAUAUAUUCAAACUCAUCAUUUCAUAAAAGAAGAAAACAGAAAAUGUAAGGAAUCCACUUAAGAGAAAUUCUGUAUUGAGGUUUAUUAAAAUGUUUUUGCAAUCUCAUUUGGCAAACAUCACGCAUUCUUUGUAUCAGACUUUGGAUCUAGAGCUCUGACUUCAAUUAUGGCUUUCACUACUUUCCACCAGAAAUAGAUAUUUUCUUGUGUUGACUCUUUGAGUUUAAUAGAUGAUAUUAUCCUGUUUUCCUGGCACAGAAUGUAAUGAACAGAAGAUAAUAAUAAUGGACAUAACCUAUUCACAAAAAUAUAUAUUUUUUACAUUAUUUAAACAAAUGAAGGCAUUACAAAUCUGAAAUUGAGUACUGGCGAACUAUGAUUCGGACUGGAGUUGGUUCAAAGAUUUUACUUGGUGAAAAUGAAAAAUAAUAGUUUUUUUUGGUGGAGAGCUUUUUAACCACUGAAAUUGUAGUUAGGCUGAAUUUCCAACAAUAUUGAAUGCCGAAUUGCCAAAAUGUCUGCAAAAAAAUCUUUGUGAGCCUUCCUACAGUUUGUAAUCACUACUUCUGCUGUUUUACUUUCAAUGAUGAAUCACGAAAAUGGGUUUCAUGUUUGCGGCAUUUCUGGAACAAUUAAAAAAAUUAAUCUGA